AUGAAACUGUCUUCAGGAUUGUGCCACCAACCUUCCAUUACUUGGGCAGGUGAAGCUACCCUUGCUAUGGGCUUGGGAGAAACUGUUGUCAGACUUUGGGACAUUGAGAGGUCUGAUAAUUAUACCCUAACUCCGAAUGUAUCUCAUCUUGAGAAAUCAAAGAAGAGUGUAAAGGUUCUACAAGUAGCAUACUCAGAGACCUAUCGAGUCCUAGCUGCAGGUUUGAGCAAUGGCAUGGUUGCAUUUUGGCAGUACGGCACAGAAUUGAAUUCACACGACGACCUAUCUCAUCUACUACAUUCGGAUUCAAACUUGACUCAAAGUUGUGACAAUCGACAGGAUAUCUCCACACUAUACAACUGCACAAGUAAUGUAACUGAAAAGGCACCGGAGGCUAACUGGCAUCCUCAGCCCAGUGCUAUUUUAACGAACCAACAGAAUAGCGAAUUUGCCUCAUUACCAAUUGAUCCGAACCGAAGUAUAUCUUUGCUCACGUGGGGUGAGCGAGAGAAAAAGUUGGCCGUUGCUCUUUUACCUCAUCAUUCAAAUGAAAAAACAACUUACAAUCAUAGCAUACAGGUCAAGUCUUCUGUACAUAUUCUACAAAGACAAUCUUUAUGCACACAUUUCUAUGGAAGUGGAUGUGUUGUUGUUCAAACAGGUUCACAGUCAUUCUCAAUGCUUACUUCAAUACCCGAUACAAUGACGCCAGCGUCACCAAUGAGUGUAUCGAAUAAUUUACCGUCUAUACUUGAUAAUACUGAAAUUAAUAAAGGAAGUGUUAAUACAACUAAAAUUGCCAAUCUUAAUAAUCUUCCAGCUUCUUUUAUUACUACUUCAACACCAAUAAUGGUAGACAAAAGUAAGAAACAAAAUUCAAAGUUCUUAAUUGAUCAAAAGAAAGCUACACUAUAUGAACAUGAAGCACAAGUUGAGGAUCAAAUUAAGGCUAUAUUCUGCACACAGGAACAUGUUGCAUACUGGAAUGGUCAUCGUAUAUCUGUUUUCAAACAUUCCACAGGAAAUUGUAUUACUCAUCUGGUUAGUUUUGCGUGUGAAUUCAGAUUUGUUGGUAUGCAUCAGCAAAGUAUAUUUACAAUUGAACCAUAUAAACUACAGGUCCGUAAUUUGGAGGGUUGUGUUAAACAGUUGAUUAAUUUCACCGAAACAGAGGGCAGUAUAGCUCUGACGUCUCAGUGUGCUAAUUACAUGGCAUGCUUAACGGAUCAGAAUAAAAUACGAGUGUUGGACCUAAGUAGAAGAGAAGUCAAGUCUACAGAUACAUCAAAAUCACUAACAAAGUUAGUUGUGUGCGAAAUAUUAAAUCAGAUAUCACAGAAUUCAACUACAUCUUCGUUAUGCUCUACAAAAACGUUUCAAAAAAAUCUGUCAUUACUACAGAAUCCAAACGAUGCUGUUAUGCGUGAAUUGAACAUAUCUUGGAUUUCAAUCAAUAAGUCUGGUGGUACAUUAGCGUUUACAGUAGAAAUUCUCCGAGAUGGAAUACUAUGCAAUUUAUUAUGGCCAUGCUUAGAUGCAGCAGACCAGUCAUCAGAUACUCUGAUCGAAUCAGAGUCAAACAAAAUGAAUGAACAGUGUUUUCGAGAGAAAUCUAGAAGUGUUAUAAACGAGGAGGAUGCAUUAAAACAAUGGAUUCCAGAUCCAAACAUUUUUAUUUAUCAUUUAGAUGUAGACAAAUUGAAGUGUUUUAAUUUCUUUGAAGCAAUUUCGAAUUCACUCAGUACAAUUCCUGGAACAUUAAGUGUUAAUGAAAGUGAUCUGCAUCCUACGAGUUUAGAUUUGAUUCGAUUGAACAGUACAAAUCUUAUCCAAGGCAGAUGGCCAAAACACCAUUAUUGGGAUCAGUUUGAAUCACGUCUACUGGUUGUUGAAGCUUCACCGAUCCCUGAUGAUCAUCCAAUCAUUACAUCCAGGCUGAACGCAGUUGAUAAAAUGAAUAAACAGUGUGGCGAUGUUAUUUAUACAGCAGAAAAUGAUACUGAUCAGUAUACUUCCGCCGGAAGUCGAUCAUCUAGCAAAGUGGCAUCUAUCACGCCAGAAAUUGCUUCUAAAAGUCAAUACGAACAAUCCAAAGUUCUCACAUCAAUAGUUUCAUUAUUUGUCAGCCCAGAACAAAAUAACACCAUAGUUCAAGGAUCAUUUUUAAUGUCAGUUUUGCACAGUGCUUUGAUUGGUGUUGAAGUACCGUUGAUCUACUUUUCCGUCCGUUGUGAUUUAGUUUAUCGUGUCCUUAAUGAACAACACCAACGACGUUUAGAAAUGUUAGCAGCAUCUGGUCGGCGUGUAAUCAGUGAGAUAGACAGUACACCAAGACGACUUUCAACAACGGUGAGUACUGGCAUCAACAAUCUUGAUUCUAGUGUAAAUACAUCAUCCACUACAGAUGAUAAAGGGCAACAUCAAGUGACAUCUGAUGUACCCAGUGAAGGUCAAAUAACAUCCAAUAAUAGAAUCCAUUAUGUUAAUAGACGUGUGAUGCAAAAUUUUGUUGGCCUUGAAGAUGCUGAUGAAAAAACGCGUGAAGCUAUGCUCAAUUUUAGUUACUAUUUAGCAAUUGGUGAAAUGGACUCAGCAUUUCGAGCCAUGAAAUUGAUUAAAAGUCCAACUGUUUGGCAGAAUAUGGCAAGAAUGUGUGUCACAACUUGUCGACUUGAUGUUGCCCGUGUAUGUUUAGGCAAAAUCAGUAAUCCAAUGGCAUCUAAAAUGAUACGUGAAUCUCGAUUCAGAGAACUAGAAAUAGAAGCUCAAGCUGGAGAACUGGCUUUGCAACUUGGUAUGCCUGAUGAAGCUGAACGAUUAUUUAUCCAGUGUAAUCGAUGGGAUUUGGUAAUCCGUCUGCAUCAGUCACUUGGCAAUUGGAAUAAAGCAAUUACAACAGCUGAGCAGCAUCAUCGUAUGUCGUUACGUGGUAUUCACUAUUCUUAUGCCAAAGAAUUGGAGUCUACAGGUCAAAUCAAACAAGCUAUUGAGCAUUACAUUAAGUCAGAAACAUAUCGUUUUGAGGUGCCUAGAAUGCUGAAAAGUAAUCCAGAAUUAUUGGAAUCAUUUGUAACAAGCCAAACAGAUCAAAGCAUUAAACGAUGGUGGGCUCAGACGCUAGAGGCACAAGGAAGACUAGAAGAAGCUAAAAGGUACUACUUUGAAUCGAAAGAUUAUUUAUCACUUGUGCGCGUACUUUGCUGUCUUGGUCAAGAAUCUGAAGCUGAAGCAAUAUGUAAUGAAACUGGUGAUGCUGGGGCCUGUCAUCAUUUAGCGCGGCACCUAGAACCAAAAGGAGGCAUUGAUCAAGCCAUUCGUUUAUUUACAAGGGCAAAGGCUUAUUCAAGUGCCAUACGUUUAUGUAAGGAACACAACCGUAAUGAUCAUUUGUUUAGUUUGGCUCAACUUGGUAGACCCGAUGAUAUGUUGGAAUCCGCAAAACAUUUAGAGAAAUACCCUAAUUAUGCUGGUAAAGCAGUUUUGCUCUAUCAUAAAGCCGGUAAAAUUAAUCGAGCUGUUGAACUGGCAUUCAGCACACGCCAAUUUUCUGCCUUGCAAAGUGUAGCUGGUUCUCUGGAUGAAAGAAUUGAUCCAACAAUUUUAAAACAAUGUUCAGAAUUCUUUAUUCAGAAUAAUCAAUUUGAUCGGGCUGUAGAAGUACUUGCGGCGGGGAAACAAUACUGUGAUGCACUUAGAUUAUGCGCGGAUCAUAAUGUCUCUAUCUCAGAUGAAUUGGCUGAAAAGCUGACACCGACUUCAGAUAAACUAACAGAAAAAGAAAAGUGUAGCCUAUUAGUUGAAUUAGGUGAAUUAUGCAUGCAACAAGGAAAGUAUCAUUUAGCUUGUAAAAAAUUCACUCAAGCUGGUAGUCGUAUAUCAGCAAUGAAAGCAUUACUACGUUCAGGUGAUACGGAGAAGAUUAUAUUCUUUGCAAAUGUUAGUAAACAAAAAGAAAUUUAUAUUAUGGCAGCAAACUAUUUACAAACAGUGAAUGAUUGGCGGUCGAAUAUGAAUAUUAUAAAAAAUAUUAUACAAUUUUAUUCACGUGGACAUGCUUUGGAAUCAUUGGCAUCGUUUUAUGAAGCCUGUGCUCAUGGUGAAAUUGAAGAUGGUGGAAAUUAUGAAAAAGCAACUGGUGCAUUAAGUGAGGCUUAUAAAGUUUUAAUUAAAGCGUUGAAUUCGGAUAAAACUAAUGAAUCAUCUGAAUGUCGUCUUAAAAAACGUCUAGCACUAAUUAAAGAUAAAGCAACAUUGUGCAAGGAAUUCGUUGAAACACAAGAAUUGUUCUCUGUGAAUCCAAUCGAGGCAAUGGAAAGAUGCCACAGACUCUUGGAAAAUAUUGAACCCGGUGAUCUCUUAAGGCCUGGAGACAUUUAUUCUACAAUGAUACGUGAACUUGUUUCACAAGAAAAAUAUAAAGCUGCGUUGACCUGUUUAGAUGAAAUGAGAGAGCGAAUUGGAAAUAAUCAUACCAUAGCUCGUUAUUUAGACCGCGGAAUUUUGGGGAAAAUUUACAAGGCACUCAACCUACCAUCAACCGAAAACGAUGAUGAACAAAUUCUUAAGAACGAACAAGAAUCCUCAGACUCACCAAUAUUUGAAGACAACGUCGUCGAUGCAAGUAUCAGUGAUGAAAAUGAUGAUUACUGA